AUCAGUCCGGAAUUUGUGGGUCAAAUCCUCCAGCAGCGUCCGGCUCCGCCAGACGGGCGCCAACGUCAGCCCCCGUUUUAGAUCCCUUUCGACUCUCUGACUCAGCGGCGCGUCAGUUGGUAGUAACCCGAAAUCACAACGGCCUUGCGUACAUCUCAUUGCUAAGAAAUUCAAACGAAAUCGCGAAAGUUUGCGUUCGUCACGAUGAGCGACCGCAAGGCAGUCGUCGUGGGGAUCAGCGGGGCAUCGUCGAGCGGCAAAACCACACUUGCCCGUUUACUCCGCGACAUCUUUCCCAACACUUUCAUCCUGCACGAAGAUGACUUCUACAAGCCCGAAAAUGAGCUGCCCACGAGGGAUGGACUGGUGGACUGGGAUUGUGCCGAGUCCAUUUCCGUCCCGGACAUGACGAGAGCCCUGAAGCACAUCCGCGCCGAGGGAACCUUCCCGCCUUUUGUGGACUCUAAGGAGGACCAGAACUCGGUGGGCAAAUGUCCGGUAUCAGACUCCAAGAUCGCGGAGAUGAAGAGAAAGGUGGACGCCUGGACGCAGCCAGGUCAGCCGGGCCACCAAAUCCUAACGCAAAGAGGCUUGAAGAUCUGCCUGCUGGAUGGCUUCCUGCUCUACUCGGAGGAAAUGGAGGGUGUCAUGGAUCUGCUCGAUGUGAAGCUGUUCCUCCUCGUUAGCAAGGCUAAGGCUACUCAGCGCCGGGAGGCGAGAGACGGGUACGUGACGCUCGAGGGCUUCUGGGCCGAUCCGCCUGGGUACGUGGAUAAGAUUGUGUGGCCAAACUAUGCCGAGGCACACGCCUGGCUGUUCGAAGACGGGAAUGUGGAAGGCAAAUUGAAGGAAAGCAGCUUGGAUGAGAAACACAUAUUGGCUCAAAAAGGUCAGGGGCUGGACAUCGACAUGGAGACCUCGUUCGAAUGGAUAGUUGAUACGUUGAUAAAGCAGCUUGAGGCACUUGCUAAGAAUUGAUAGGUGCUAUCUGAUCCAAUCGAGAACUUUUGCUUGAA